UAUGGGCAGCAUUAUACUGAAUUCGAUUACUCUCUUAGCAUUUAGCAUAAUAUAAGGAUAUAUAUUAAGAAGUCAUUAAGAUUGGGAUGCUAUUGCAGUGUUGAUUUUUGCAUGUAUAUUAUCAUUCUAUUUUAGGCAUUACUAUUAUUUUAGAAGGACUUAGUUUGUUAUAAGUAUUCCACAUGCAGACAUAAAAAUUAAUAAUAACUACAUCUGUGUAAGUAUUGUUAUGAGAUUUAUUUUAGAAUAAUUGUGACUGAAACUUUAAUUUUAGCAAUAUCAAUAUUUUAGACUACAACAGAAGAAUUUGAACAUGAUUCAAAAUUUGAAAUUCUUGUUUAAGUCAUAGCAAUAAUCUUAUUUUUUGUGAUAGCCAUUAUCAAAUUAAUUUUAGUUAUCAAAUUAAAAAAAGUAUUAGAUUUGACUAGAGCAACUAAUUAAAUUAAAGAAGGAAUGAGGAGCAAAUAAGCUUAUGAAAAUUUCUCUAAAACUUUAAAAUGA